AUCCAAACUUAGUUGACAUUUUUCAUCAAAACCCUCAUCACAAAAAUAUCUUAGUUCUAUUUCUUAGAUAAUAAUUAACCACUUGUGCUAAUGGAUGAGCUUGCAUUCUUGACGGAUUGGGAUUUGGAAGCUAUCAAUGAAACUCCAACAACAACCAACACCAACACUUAUUUUUCUCAAUUGUUUUCUGAAUUACAACAUGAUGAGUUGUUAUUUGGAAAUUUUCCAGAAUUCUCAGAAGCCACUAAUGUUCUUAUUGAUGAAUUUCAAGAACUUUGCAAACCUUUCUACCCUCUUUCAUCUCAAACUAUUGUUACAAACUCUAUGAUUAUCCCUAAACAGCAUGAAGAAGUCAAAGAAAUUAAAGCAUCAGAUGAGAAAGCAGCUUCUCAAGAUCUCCAAGUUUCUACAGUUUCCAAAUGUAAAAAAAGCAAGAAAAACAAGAACAAGAGUAUAGUGAAGAAAGUAACAGCAAUGGAUGGAACUCUUUGUGAUGCAUGGGCAUGGAGAAAAUAUGGACAAAAACCGAUCAAGGGUUCACCAUAUCCACGAAGCUACUACAGAUGCAGCAGUUCCAAGGGAUGUUCAGCAAAGAAACAGGUUGAAAAGAAUCACUUAGAUCCAAGAGUUUACUUGGUUACAUACACUGCAGAACACAAUCAUCCUCAACCAACUCGAAGAAACUCAUUGGCAGGAAGCACUAGGAAGAACAAUCUAUCAGUUACACAUUCUCCAACAGCAGCACCAAUGGUGAAGAUUGAAGAUGAGGUAACUGUGAUGACAAGUGUGCAGAUGAUGGAGAAAGAUGAGGAAGAUCAGCAUCUUCUUGAAUGGUUGGAGGGUGCUCAAUUAUGUGAUGAUGGUUGGAUUCCAAAGAAAGAGUUAGAUGAAUAUUUCAUUGGACUAGAUAACUACCAAUAACAUGCAUAUAUAGAUUUAUAGCUGCAGUUUCAGGAUGGUUUUGAUGACACUUUGAUCCUUAAAAUAUGUAUGCUUGGACUAAGAGAAAAUGAUGAGAUUAAAUAGUUUAAGAUAUAUUAUUAGAUUUUGAUGUUUUGUAUAUAUAAAAGUUUGGAAUAACAUUUGAAUGUUAUUUCCAUAUGUACUUUUUUUUU